AUGUGCACCCUGUGCAGGAGGAUACCCGUCAGUCCAUUGAAUACAGCGAGUACAGCAAGCACAGGACAUGCAAAUAAUACAGUACAUUACAAUACAGUCCAAUACAAUACAAUACAACAUCUUCCCCCACAGACCCGCCCCGGUCCCCGAAAUAGAAAGAUGCACCGAACCCAGGCGAGGACGGACAAUCUGACGCCCCCGUCGCCUCCACUGUCCAGGCUGUUUGCCAUGAUCCUUCACAUCACGACCCACAUUUGGAUUCCUUGCGGUACCCACACACAGUAUUGCCGCUUGCGUCGCUGCAAAACACCAAACACGACUUUCCAAUACUCCAUCCUACCCGACCGGUAUACCCUACCCGACCGAUGGACACAUGGUCACUGUGCCUACUGUGUACCUACUGAUACUAACCACCACGCACAUGAUCCCCGCCUACCGUCCCGCCCCUCAUCUUACCGGACAUGCAGGCCCCCACGCCUCACGACUCCCAGCACCCUCUUCGCAAGUGACCACCUUCUUCCUGCCUUUGCGUCGUGCUUGCUUCCCCUCGGAGAAGCCAUGGCUUCGCUGAAGGGCACAGUCGGUACAUGGCAAAGCUGGCGAAUACCUACCUACUCGUAUGUGACCGUACAUACUGGGAGCGGCGGCGCGGUUGUGCCUAUGCCUACGCCUAUGCCUACGCCUAUGCCUAGGUACGGUACCGGUAAGCCUCAUUGGCCAGCCCCAAAUGUGGUCGCACUACAAUGGCCCAUUGUCUCCAGAUACAGUUCACCUACCCGCUUGUCUCACACCUGCUUUCCCGCUCUGCCCAAGGGAAUUUCUCCACCUCCCAGAACGAUGACGCUGCCCGAGGGUCAACCACCUGCACAAGAGAGUACCGGCAACCGUCCGAGGCCGCCACCACUCCCACCACGCGACUCCCUAUCUGCAGACACACCUCCGCCCUACUCAGUCAUGGCCACACCCUCAUCAAAGGAUCCACGAUCUUCCUCUACCCAGAGUCUUGUCCCCGAUGCUUCUUCAGAUACGGCUGGCCGUAGACGCCUACUCCUCGUCUACAUCCAUGGCUUCAUGGGCAAUGAAACAAGUUUCCGCAGCUUUCCCGCUCACGUCCACAAUCUCGUGACAAUCACCUUGGCAGAAUCUCACGUGGUGCACACCAAAAUCUAUCCUCGCUACCGGUCGCGACAUGCUCUCGACAGGGCCCGAGACGACUUCUCAGCAUGGCUAGCUCCGCACGAAGACCAGUGGACGGAUGUCAUCCUACUUGGCCAUUCCAUGGGCGGUCUACUGGCCGCAGACAUUGCACUAGUCUUUCGCCAUCGCAUCGUCGGUAUCGUCAACUUUGAUGUUCCCUUUUUGGGAAUGCAUCCUGGCAUCGUCAAGGCUGGUCUGGGAAGUCUAUUCAGUCCAGCGCCGACGCCUCAAGAUGCCAUCCCCCCAGAUCCAGACAGCGACAAGAAGCCCAGCAGAAUGGGCACCCUCUUCAAUCCAAAACCAUCCGAUCCCAAUUACAAUCCAGCUUUUCCCAACGAUGUCCAAUUACCCAUGAGGAAGGGAUGGGACAGCACAUUGCAUUGGCUUACCAAACACUACAAUGAUGGCCUGAGGCAAGCAACAAAAGGCCUCGUCAAGUCUCACUUGGAAUUUGGCGGUGCCAUGGCAGACUAUCGGGAGCUCAAGGAACGGUACGUCAAGAUCCGUGCGCUGGAAGAGGAGGAUGACAAGCAACGAGCAGUAGCAUACGCUGCUGUGCGCUCGGUGCCGCCGCGUAUACGCUUCGUGAACUACUAUACCGCAAGUACGGGAAGACCCAAGAAGCCAAAGUCUUCCAAAUCACCAAGAUCCCCUUCGCCCUCGAAUCAUCGAUUGUCGCACAAUCAAAACAGUAGCCUAACCGGCCCAUCCAAGGAUUUUACGGAAUGUAAGGAAGGACUGGCUGCAGGUCAGCAGUCGCAACACGACGUCAGCGAUAGCGACUCUAUCACAUCAUCACAGAUCGAGAUGACCCAUAUUCACCCUGAGCCCAUGGUGGAAAGCCCGCGCGCUUCAUUCAACGAGCAAGAACACCGACUUGAAAAAAGCAGGUCUGGUGAUACACAGCCAUCUCCUGUCGUUGCGGUUGGGUCGGGACACUUGUCUGCAGGGGCACCCACUGAUGCCCCGAACCUACCAGAGAUUCCUCCCAUACCCAAAGAACCGCCCUUUGUCGAUCUGAUGCAACUCACAGAUAAAGCGGGGCGGAAAGCAGCAGAGAAAGAGUAUGACCGAGCGUUGAAGCAGUAUCAGAAAUCUGUAAAGGCGCGCAACAAAAUCAUCAAUGAACGUACCAAGCUGGAGGAGAAAUGGGAAAAGCGACAGGAGCAUGACCGAGCAGUGGAUCAGAACAAGUCUGCAGAGACGAAAAUGAGAGAGGCUGAGGCUGGACAGAGACAAGUAGAAGCGGACCAGAGGCAGAAAGAGGCAGAGAAUAGGAUGACAGAUGCGGAACGUGAGGCAGCCGGACUGAAAACACGACCAGAUCCAGAAACGGCUGCAGGCCCGAGCCGGGGUCUCGAGGAAGAUAUGGACGCCGUCGUUGACCUAGGUGCCCUAGAAAAGUCUGAACAGAGCUCUCAAGGCCCGUACGCCCAUUACGACUUUUCCCGUAGCGCAAUCAUGCGCCAGGCUCCUCCCGAUGACCGCGCUUCUCUUACCGACUCAGGAUAUACCCUAUCAACCACGAAUAGCCAGGCCAGUUAUCUGCCAACAAAUCGCAGUGAUGGCGGUACUCCUGCCAAGCCCAAUAAACCAAAGAAACUCGGUAAAUUCUGUAUGCUGCCACCGAAAGAUGAUCAGGGAAACAAAGAUUCGACAUGGGUCAGGGUGUUGAUGGAAGGCAUGGACGAAGUGACUGCUCAUACUUCCCUAUUCUUCGUCAACGAUACCUAUGAGCGAUUAGUCGGAGACGUUGGAGCGAGGAUCGAAGAUUGGAUUAGGGAAGCAGAUAGUGUGCGUCUUGUGAGGGAGAUGUCUGAUACCCUCUUCGCAAUCAAUGUGGAAGAAAAGAAAUACCAAAAUGAUGUAAACUGCUCAGGAUGCAGGUCUCACUACUACCCACUCUCAUCCCCCUCGUACUCAAAGAGCCCCCAUCUGGACCCAAUACCAAAUCCUCAACCCCACCGCGAGCACCCAGACCGCAUUCCCCCCCUCCAUCCACCACACCAGGCCCCCAACCCCCCAGCCCACCACCAACGUGCCCAACACCGAUACCACCUUCUCGGACCCUUGAAUGGCCUCGUUGAACUUUUCAAGAAAAGGAAUACGCAUCUGCGUGCUUUUGUUCCAGAAGCGGGACAUGUAGAUUGGAGGGGCGAAGAGAAGAGUGGUGUUGACGAGGGAGACGAGGACAAGGGCUUGAGGGGAGGCAUAGGAAGGCAGUAG